UGCAUCUUCCGGGUUAUAAAUAAAUUGUUAACUUACAUAUGUGUGUGCAUGUGUGCAUGUAUUUGUGUGCAUAUGUGGACGUAAAGCCACUCAAUUAAAUACACAUUUCAGCAGCCUCACUUUAGCUUAUUUUCCUUUUUCUCAAUUGCUUGUUUUCCUUCUUUCAUUGCAGAAUACCCAAAGAAAAUUUUACAGUAUUGCCGGAAAUAUGACUUCCAGGGUUUCCGUUCGAUGGUGUUCUUUCAGUACCAUAUCAUGCUGAGUGAUCCGGCGGAAAUUCAAAAUAUACUCUCAAGUUCAGCGCUGCUCUAUAAGGAGCAUCUCUACUCGUUCUUACGCCCUUGGCUGGGUGAUGGCCUUGUGACUGCCGCAGGGGCGCGUUGGCUUAAACACCGGCAAAUUUAUGCGCCCGCUUUCGAGCAGAAAGCCAUCGACGGUUACUUGCAGGUAGUGCACCAGGCAGGCAAGCGCUUGGUGGAAAAACUUGCACAGCGAAUCACUUCAACCACAGAUGGGGUCUCAAAAGUUUUGGAUGUGCAACCGUUGACGAACAAAUGCACCUUGGAUAUUGCUGUCGAAAACACCACAGGCAUACCCAGUUUCGAGCUGAAUGAUGGCAGAACCGAAUUGCAUGCAGCGAUAAUAGAUCUCUGUGACGUGAUAAAGGAGCGAACAUUCAGCAUCGUAAAACGCUUCGAUACACUCUUCCAACUAACGCCACAUUACUGGAAGCAACGCGCCGCCCUUAGCUCUCUUGAGCGUAUAAUUAACAAGAUUGUCAACCAACGACGUCAACAUCUGCAACAGACGGCCCAACAACAGCAGCAAAAGCAUAAGCCAAAUGAGCAGCAGCACCAACCGGCAACAAGAAGGCCUAUUCGUUCAUUCCUUGAUGUGCUGUUGAAUGCGAAGCUGGAUAGGCGCGCACUGACCAACAAGGAAAUAUUUGAAGAGCUCUCCACAUUCAUAUUUACGGAACACAAUUGCACAACAUCGGCUGUGUCUUUUACACUCUACACCCUUUCCCGUCAUGCCACCAUUCAAGAAAAGGUCUACGCAGAGCAGCAGAAUAUUUUUGGCACAGAAUCAGUUGAGCAGUUGGCUAAUGUUCCCAGCGUUGAAUGUACACAUUUGGAGCAAAUGAGCUACUUGGAAUGCGUUAUACGUGAGACAUUGCGUCUGUAUCCGUCAGUGCCAUUAAUAGCACGCACCAAUCGCAAGGUUAUCGACAUCAAUGGUACGAAAAUUGCGAAACGCACAACCGUUAUUAUGUGCCUAAUAGCCAUGGGCUACAAUGAGAAAUACUUUGAUGAACCGACCGCUUUUCGUCCGGAACGUUGGGCGCAUUUCAAUGGCGAUGAGUCGGUGGGGUUGGAGGCAUUUAAGAGUGUGCCAUUUAGUGCUGGACCUAGGCGAUGCAUUGCCGAAAAGUAUGCAAUGUACGAACUAAAGGCAUUGCUCUCUAUGAUCGUGCGUAAUCUUGAAAUUUUGCCGGCAAAAGAUGGCCUACCGUCGGGCAUUAACGAUCACUCACGCAUAGAUUGUGUGCCACAAAGUGAGUACGAUCCCAUAUUGAAUAUCCGAGUGACACUCAAGUCAGAGAAUGGUAUACAGCUGCGCUUAAAAAGAAGAGCGAGCAUCACCGAACAGAAAAUUCAAAGCAAGAAAUUGUGAAAAAAAUAUUCAGAGAUGUAUGCAUUUUUAUGUACUGUUUAAAGAAACGAUU